AUGCUCCAAAGAACGCUCUUCCGCGCCUCAAGACAGGCAGCCCACCCCGUCCGGCGCAUACAACCCGCCUUUGCCCCCAUCUCACGAGCAGCGCCCGCCAUACGGUGGUACUCUGAUGCCGCGCCCGCAGAGGCAAAGAAGGAGGGCGAAGCUGCAGAAGCGAAAGUAGACCCCUCAGCGCAAAUGAAGGAGCAGCUGGAGAAGAAGGAUAAGGAGAUUGUUGAUCUCAAGGAUAAAUACCUCCGCUCUGUCGCCGACUACCGCAACCUUCAAGAGCGCACGAAGCGCGAAAUCCAAUCCGCCAAAGACUUUGCGCUCCAGAAAUUCGCGCGCGACCUCGUCGAGUCCGUCGAUAACCUCGAUCGGGCACUCACAACCGUCGAACCCUCCAAGUUGACCUCCCCAGACGCAAAUUCCGAUCUUGUACAAUUACACGACGGCCUCAAGAUGACGGACAGUAUCCUGAUCUCGACGCUCAAGAAGCACGGCUUGGAGAGGUUUGAUCCGAGCGAGCAGAAUGAGAAGUUCAACCCCAAUCUACACGAGGCGGUGUUCCAGACGCCGAUGCCGGAUAAGGAGGAUGGCGUUUGCUUUCACACGCAGCAGAAGGGGUUCCUCCUCAAUGGCCGCGUGUUGAGGGCUGCCAAGGUCGGCGUUGUCAAGAACUCAUAG